GUCCCAGUCCAAGAAGUGACAUUCAAACUCAGAUCCUUCUCACAGUAACUCAGCUGAACUCACACCUCCUGUCACCAUGUCCUACAACUGCUGCUCUGGAAACUUCUCCUCUCGCUCCUUUGGGGGCCACCUGCGCUGCCGAGGCUCCUCCUGUGGCUCUUCCUACCCCAGCAACCUGGUCUACACCACGGACCUCUGCUCUCCCAGCACCUGCCAGCAGGACUCCUCUCUCCACAGCGGCUGUCAGGAGAUCUGCUCUGAGCCUAUCAGGUGCCAGACGUUCCAGGUGGAGUCCAGUCCCUGCCAGUCAUCCUGCUACCGCUGGAAGACCUCCACGCUCUGCCGUCCCUGGCAGACGACUUACUCUGGGUCUCUGGGCUUUGGCUCCAGAGGUUUUCAAUCUUUUGGUUGUGGCUUCCCGUCUCUGGGCUUUGGAUCCAGUGGUUUCCAAUCAGUGGGUUGUGGCCCCAGGGCUUUCUCAUCUGUAAGAUGGAGAUCCAGCUUUGACAGUCCAAACUACUUCUCUUCUAGGAGCUGGCAGCCUGCUUCUUUCCAACCAAUCUUUAGAUCUGGCUUCUUCUAAUCUUAUGCUUGAAAACAACACCGACUGUAUCUAGAAAUUUGAUGCAAUAUCUCCUAUAUCAAGAUCUAUACUAUCUAUUGGUCUCCUGUCCUACUGUUAGCUUACAAAUUUGACUUCUAGUGUAAUCUAUUAUAGAUUGGGAAUAAUUUGAAUACCAGUAACUGGAAAUGCAAUCAGUAAAGAAAGAUGUCAAAACUUCUUCCUUGUACUUACACAGACAUGUGACACUGAAGCACAUUUAUUUCCUAUUUCUUUCUCCUACUUAUUUUCCCUAAUGUCUCUAUUUCAAAUUUUA